UAGAAAGUGAAACAUUCGGUGUCUUGCUUUCGUACAGAACAAUUUAAAGGUUAGUGAAGAUUGGUGGGAUACAUCCUAUUACAACGGUUCGUAUACUCCUCUAUGGUCAACUAUUUUAACACUUCAAUUUUGUUGAUCGAAUUUGUUUACCUCAGCUAAAUGUUAUGUCUGUGAGCUUGAUCUCCCUUGUGUUAGUCGGUACAAGACACUCCUUUCACUUAAGAGUUUUCUACAAGUCUGUUAAAAGUUAAAAAUGCAGUCGUAACUGUGUUUUUUUUAGUUAAUCUUCGGUCGGUGUGCAGCUUUGAAACAUAAAGAUACUCAAGAAUGUUUCCUAAAUGGAACUAAGCCUUUCCUAAACAGCAGGCCUUGCAAAAUUUGAGACAUGCAUAAUAUUUCAGUUACUCAAACCUUCCCUCUUACUUUGAAAGCAAGUGAUUCAGGUAAUUCGCCUGCUUUUACGAGGUAACGUUCUUGGAUAAAUUAGUUUGUAAGCCGAUAACACAUGUAUUUACAAAGGUAACCUAAUCUCGUGCGAAGCAGAAUUUGAAGUUCUUUGUUCGAAGGGCCUGUGCAGGCCGAACUUUUGUCAUGUAAAGGUUUGAAAUUGAAAUGACCUGCUUACCAAGUUGCGAAAUGUCUCCGACCCAUUUAGUCAGCUUGUCAGUUCUCGGUAAUCUGUCAGCAGAGUUAAAAUAACAGUGGUUGCUUUUAAUGUACAUAGAGAUGGAAAAAUGUACGAGAAUGAAUGAAGUUUCCUUGUUUCUUAAACUCUAGACUGAGCCAUGAGUAGUGGACGCGGACGUACUGCCCCUCAUGAUGAGGAGAGUAUUUAUCGUAUUCCACCAUAUUAUUACAUUCAUGUUUUGGAUCAGAACACGAAUGUCACCAAGGUGGAAGUUGGUCCGAAAACCUUCAUCCGUCAAGAUAAUGAAAAGGUAAGUGCGAGUGAAUCUUUCAGUUGGACAAGUAUAGGAUAAUUUAAGGUGAAUUUUCUCUGACAGGUGGACGAGUGGAUCUAGUUUAAAACUAAAUUAAUGUCAGUCUGCAGUUAAGAUUUUAUUUUGCAAAACAGCUGCUAAAACAGAAACACUUUGACAUUAACAUAUUGGCAAGAUUUGCGCACAGUUCCAUGCUUCAUUAUGCAUACAGUUCUGUUAUAAAGGAAACAAUGGUGAAAACAAUAGAUUGCCUUUGGAACUAGGGCUUUGUUUUAGAAUAGUAUGUAUAUGUUGUACAGUAAUAAUUCUGAUUUAUUUUCUGUUCCAUUCACACAGGUUAUUCUUGGUCCAGAAAGAAUGAUUACAAUUCCUCCUCGGCAUUACUGUGUUGUGGAAAAUCCAGUUCUUAGGGAUAAGGAUGGGCGUGUCGUUAUAGAUUCCAAUGGACAGAUCAAACUGGGUCAUGCCGAUCAGGUAACAUAGCGGUUUUACAUAGUGCUGUUAAUUCAACGUAAAACCAAUUUUUGAAAGGGAAUUAUUCCUUUAACUCCCAGAAGUGAUUAACAUGUUACUUCUCCCAAUAAUAUUCAUAAAUUAUAUAGCAAACAGGUGACAAGAAUACUCAAACUUAUCUGGUAGAAGUUGUUAUCUCAAUCUAACACCAAAUUCUAAUAAAUAAGUUAUUAGGAAAUGAUUAGCAGCAAGAGGGGAGCAUAAAAAAUCAGACUUUGGAGUUGAAAGGUUAAGGGAGGAAUGCAAAAUCUGAUGUUAUUAUAAGGCAAACAGUAGAAUUUAAGAUUAAUAUUGGUCAAUGAGUGUAUUUCUUGCAUUCACUGUGGUGAGAAUAUUCAAGCUUGUCUGAAAGGUUGUUAAUGUUUCAUUUAUUAGAAGAAUGCUCAAUUAACCUUGCUUUUAGAAGGAUAUGUCAGCCAUAUGGCCUACAUAAAAAUGCUUAUUUAAGAUAAUACUGUUAUGUUCUGAAUGUUAUGUGUAAAUUAAGACAAGUAUGGACUUUGUUUGAAGGAAAAAUAAACACACAGCAUUUUGAUACUUUAAACAAGCAUUUUAGAAAAUAUCAAAAUACAGCUUUCUUUGCUUGGUCUUGGAUGUAAGGUUGUAACAAGUUGAUAACAGACCUGUACUCCAGAAAAAAUAACCAAUCAGUGGUUGUUCCUAGCAAAUAUUCCAGAAGACUGGAGGUUUGAAAAAAAAACCUGAGAAUUAAAUUUUGGACAGCAGAAGAGGGAAGGGAAAAUAGGGAAAAGAAAAUAGAGAAGGGAGUAGAGGAGGGAUCAAAACUAAGGAACCUGUGGUGGAUGAUGAAUUAUACCAUUUGUCAUGUAUUUUAGGAUAUUCGUCUUGCUCAAGACCCAUUCCCUUUGUAUCCUGGUGAAGUUUUGAAGCAAGAUGUUACUGGUCUAAGGGUGGUUAUGGCUAACUCUGCCAUACGACUCCGUGCAAUGCUGGACUAUGAGUCUGAAUCAGGAGAGAAGAGAGUGGCUGGGGAUGAGUGGUUGUUUGAAGGGCCAGGUAAUACUAAUGCUGAUUAAUAUCUUAUUGAGAGGAAAUAGUAUGAUUUAUAAUGGUAAGCUAUGCUAAAAGUGUACAGUGAUAUAAAAACCCUUGCUGAGAUAGCCUUUAAGGCCUUUAAUCUUCAGUAUUGAUUAGCUUGUAACUUCUUCUUUUGAUUCCAAUAUAUUGUCUUGCUAACAAGUUAUGAGAAGAGACAAGGUUAUCAGCUAGUGGAUGUUAUGUUCACUUGAUAUAAUAUACAUUCUCUUGUCUAAUUACAAGAAACUCUGUGAUAGUCAGUAGGAAGAAAUACUAGUUGGAUCUAAAUGAGAACUAACAGGUUAAUCUAUCAAGCAAGGGUCUCAAGAGAGCCAUCCUUUUUUAAUUAUAAUAUGAUAAUUAUUUAGUUUUAAUUUUUAGGUUAUAUACUUAUAUAUUUCUGAACAUUUUGCUGUCUAACUUUUCCUGUAAUAAGGAGGUAUCCUUCAAGAGAAUUGUGAACUUGAAAUUGAGAAUGUGGUGAAUCAUAUAUGAUAUCAGCUAGAUAGCUUGUUGAAUUAGUUUCAUGCUUUUCUACUCAACUGUAGUAAUGAUCUUUGGGGAAAUUCAUAGCAUUGAAGUAGAUAUAGCAUAUAGAAAUAAGUAAUUCUUAAUCAAUCAGUAUAAUCUUAUCACAUUUUAAAAACAAUUAUAAAUAUUUUCUACAGGUACAUAUAUACCAAAGAAAGAGGUUGAAGUGGUAGAAAACAUCCUUGCCACCAUCAUCCAGCCAAACCAAGCCAUCAGACUGAGGGCAAGAAAAGAAACUAAAGUAAAGACUUUAAAGACAGGAUUUUUUAAAUUUAUCAUGUAUAGGAAUAAUAAUAUUUGGUACAUGUGCAUGCAAGGACCAAACUGAACUAGAGACAGAUUGGUGGUUCUGUUUGAAACAUCCAGAUUCUUAAUUUGUUACCUUUUAUCAAAGGAAGUGAGACUUAAUCCAGAAUAAAGGGGAUAAGUGUCACAGGAAACUGUGGUUCUACAUCAGUAGGAGAAUACAACAAGGUAAUUCAUUAUUAUCAACUGAGUUGAUCACUAAAUUGGCCAGUGUUAACCCUCUGUCAGAAUGAAAGAUGAAGGGCUAAUGCUUGAAACAACAUAUAGCUUUAAAACUCAUUAUGGUGGUCGGUUUACAGAAUGAACACAGUUGAUAAUACUAAAUUACCUUCAAAGUAAAGGAUCUGUUUUGAGGUAAAUUUGCAACCUCAUCUUACUUCUUCUUUUUCUCAUUAUUUGAAAAUUAAUCUUCAAACAGGAUCGUGAUGAUAACUUGCGUGUUGCUGGGGAAGAGUGGCUUGUUAAAAAGAUUGGUGCUUAUCUUCCUGGUGCUUAUGAGGAAGUGGUUGAUGUUGUAAAUGCCUAUGUAUUGACUGAGAAGGUGGGUGCAAGAACAUAUUAAAAAUGUAUCAUAUUUGAUUGACAAAGAAAGAUAGAUACAUAGUGCAGAGGACAGCUACUUAACGGAAUUUGAUUGGGUAGGAACUAAUGCUACUGCAGAGGACACUACUAGCCUGAUGUAAACGGAAUUUGAUUGGGUAGGAACUAAAUGCUAUAAUAUUUUUUUUUAAAUUCUUUGUUUGACUUUAAGUGAGUUUUUAAUUUUUUCUGAGUGUUUUUUGAAGUUGCUUCUAAGUGAAGAGUUUAAAAAGACUAAGAAGUGCUAGCGUAGGCUCUCUGUGCUGUGCAUGGAGAAAGGAAAUGUUUGUGACAGUUCUUCAAAACCUUUGGUCAUCUGACUGCAUUCUUUGAAGAUUAGGAAUAAGGGAGUGAGAAGAUGAAAUUUUAAGGAGUUAAACCAUAGCCAUAGGUGUUUGUAGAAUCAGUGGAGUUAACUUUCUGAUUUGAAGACCAGUCAAAGGAAAGCAAAGUAGCUCUCCCUGGCUCAUUUGAAUGCUGAUCAACAAUGGUAAACUACAGUUAUGGUAUGUAGUUAAAGUAAAAAAUUUUCUCCAACCUUUGCAGCUGUACUUUGGUUAAGAACUAAACAACCCUUAAACUCCCAGAAGUGACCAACAAGUAACUUCUCCCUUUAAUAUCUGUACAUUAUUCAGAAAAAAGGUAACAAGAAUACUCAAACUUAUCAGGUAGAAGUUGUUAUCUUGAUCUAACACCAAAUUAUUGAACUUAUUUACAAGGAAAUGAGUGUGCAGCUAGAGGGGAGAAUGAACAAUCACAUCUUGGGAGUUAAUUAGGGUUAUGUGCUGCAAAAUAUGUUCAAACACCAUAUGUAAAUCUAUGGCAUUAGCCAGUACUUUAGAGGAUCCCUGAAAAAUGCCCCAUGAAUUGUCAAUAUUCCAUUAUCCUAGUGCCUCUUUUGAGCCUCUUUUAUUUUUUCAUAUUAUAGAAAGCUUUACAUCUGCAAUCCACACGCACAUUCAAAGAUGAUACAGGUGUUUUACGAAAGAAUGGGGAGGAGUGGUUAAUUACCAUGGCAGACACAGAGGCACAUAUUCCAAAUGUCUAUGAAGAGGUAAUGUUAUUCAAUUGAUCAUCCAGACUAUGAAGGCAGCCAUAGAUGAUGAGGAGAAUUAUGCCGACCCUGUAGUUAAUUGAUGCAUUAAAUGGUAACAGUUUGAGUAAAACAAUUAAAAUUUAAUACAUCAAAUCUUACCUGUUCCAUCUUGUAGGUUGUAGGAGUUGUUGAUAUCACAACACUGAACAACAGGCAGUACUGUGUCAUUCUAGAUCCUGUUGAUAAAGAUGGGAGGCCCCAGCUGGGGCAAAAGAGGCUAGUGAAGGUACUGGUACCUACUUGUCAAUCUACAAAACAACCUUUUUUAAGGAGUAUGAUAUAUAUUGGAUAAUUUUAUUUGUAUUAUCAACUGAGUUGAUAACUUAAACUGACCACUAUGAAGAGUUUAAAAGCUGAUGUUUCAAGCAUUAUAGCCCUUCGCUUUUCACUCUUUAUGGUGGCCAAUUUACAUUAUCAACUCAGCGGAUAAUACUAAAUUACCCUGAUACACUUUCUCACUGACACAGCACCACAGUUUCUUGAGAAACCUACCCCCUUUAUGAUAUGAAUUGCACCUUUGAACACAAGGUGACUACAAAGAGCAAAAUAAAAUACACAGAAAAACUUAUUUUACAAGUUCGCAAGUUAUAAGGUCACUUAAGACAUACAGGACAAGUGCAAACUCAUUCUUCAAUCUCUUCAGCAUAUUCCUUCAAGGAUAGAUAUGUCCUUAAUGAUGCUGAAGAAAGCCGAUGACGCGAAGACAAUUUCACUCCAAUGUGGAUUGAAUGUAAAAGGAAAAUCAAAACUUUUUCUGAUGAACAAAAUAAUUUAAAAUCUUGGUUCUGAACAAGCUUAUUUUUACCAAGUUAAAAUGGGAAUGGCAUGGAGCUAGUGAUUAAAUUUUAUAAAGUGCAGGACACCUGCAAGGAUCAUCUUAUCAUGUUCAUAAUGUAUAUAUCGCCCGCACAUUAAAGUAUUAUUUAUUUAAUUAUAUUGAGAUUACUAAAAGAUAACUUGCAUUUGUUCCUGUCUUUCAGGGAGAGAAGUCAUUCUUCCUGUUGCCUGGUGAAAAGCUUGAGCAAGGUAUCCAAGAUGUGUUUAUUCUUGGUGAGGAUGAGGGGCUGAUUCUGAAAGCAAAUGAGGCCUUUCUUGAUGUUAAUGAAAAGGAGGUAAAUAAACAAAUACAACAGAACUUUUUUUCAGGAUAAAUGGUAACUUUAACAGUUAACCCUUUAACUCCCAUGAGUGACCAAGACAGAAUUUCUCCUUACAAUAUCAAUACAAUGUCAACCAGACAAGCGAUGAGAAUACAGAAAAAUAUCAAUUUGGGGAUGAUACCCUUGCGAAAUGGCUUUUGGAAUUCCUAGGAAUUCCUAGGAUUUUCCUAGGAAUUCCUAGGAAUAAAGGUGUGAAUUUUCACGGUAAAUUCGGACUGGGAAUUCCUAGGAAUUCCUAGGAAUUCCCAACCAUAACAACUCUGGUUCUAAAAACCUAGAAAUUCCUAGAAAUUCCCAGAAAUUCCCAGAAAUUCCAAGUUUAUAGCCAACAGGACUUGGAAUUCCUAGGAAUUCCAACUCAGAGAACCAAUGACUAUCCCUGAAAAGCUGUAAAUCUAAAAAAUUCCUAGGAAUUUCUGGGAAUUUCUGGGAAUUUUUGGGAAUUUUUGGGAAUGUUUAGGAAUGUUUAAGAAUUACUGGGAAUUUUAAGCAAAAAUUUGAGGCUAAUGAUAUAAAAUAAAUACUUUAAAUUAAAAAAAACCCAGCUAAAAUUCAAGUAUUCAAUGAAAUUUAUUUAGAAGCUUAAUUUAGGCUUACAUGUAAAAUAUUUUUGAUUAAUUAUUAACAUCAAUGUGUGGUAAUAUUAGGAUGGAAUUUGAUUUAUUUUUCUUUUCUUGAAAACUUCAUAUGGAUUAAUCCUCAAUUACAGCUAUUCAUAUAAAAUAGUUCUAAUUAAUCAUUAAAUUUGGUUUGACACAAAUUGUGAAUAAAAUCUGUGGAUUCUUUUCCAUAAAAUACAAUAUCUUAAGUUAUAUUUGAAAACCAAGCACUCUUGGGAGUGAAGGGGCUAAUUACAGACAAAUAAAAUUGAUUUUUUGAUUAAAAUCUUGUUGUAACUGUAACAAUAAAUUAGAAUGAAGUUAUCCUAAACUGCAAACUUAGCUGCUGUUUGUACUGUUUGUAUUUUUUUUCCUGGGCUCACAAUGAGUUGGCCUUGAAUGAGGUUGUCAACAAGAACCUUGACCAUUUUGUAUCUGGAUUCCCUUGACAUCUGAAUUUGAAAAAAAAUAAUAUAUUAAAAUAUGUAUAUUUAAAGCUCAGACCAGGCUUUUAAGAUGGCUAUGAGGAAAAGGGCAUUCAUUGGAUUCUCAAAUUGAGAAAUCUCUGUUAUAUUGAGUGACUUUUAUAUUGGAGUUAGUACAUCUCUCUCAUGGAUUUUACUAAAAAAGGGCUGAAUACAUUAUUUUGUUUUUACCAAGGAGGGCUUCUUUAUGUGCUAAGGUUUGUUUAAUAACAGUUCCUAUUAUGAAUCUUGAAUGUUCCCAAACGUGACUAAAGGAAUCUUGAAACCUUACUGAUAGGUUUAUUUCAUUGUAAAGCAUAAGCUUAAGAAACUGCGGCAUGCAAGUGACCGAUUCGAUUCUCAGAAUUAUUCUAGUUUCAGUUGCGCCGAGCGUUAUGUAAGCUUAAUUCAACCUGCUACAUCUAUUCUUUUUUAUAAGAUUUUGAUCACGUAACGAAUAUCGCAAUUUUUACUCACCACAAACUUUCAAAAUCGUAGCUUUACAGAUGGCCACUCGACCCUUGUUUGUACCAGUCAAUAUGUCAACUGUUGUCCCUUCUUUUAACUCCACGGCGCCAACGACUUUCUUUUCUUUUACAACACUCACGCUAUUCUCGUUUUCCCAUUGAACCACAAUAAAAGCUAUCUUUAGAAAUGUUAUAUUAAGCAAAACAGUUGAGAAAAGCGAUCAACCGAUGAAAAGUACAUUCAAAGAUGAGCGCCAAAUGGAGUCUUCUUUGUUUCCGAUCACGGGCAUGAUCACGUGGAUCUUUUAGGACUUGUCAUUGGCUAGCAGAGUGAAUCCGCUGGCUUGCCGAUUGCAGUGUUAGAAGAAGUGCCCAACUUUAUUCUGACUUCUCCGACCGGUUCUCUACUUCUAGAAGAUGGAUAGCUUGGUGAUAUAAAUAAAGAUGUGAGCUCACUCUAUGUAGAAAUAAUCGACAAGAGUCGAUCGUAUUACAAAUGCACGAUUUGUGGCCGAAAGUUGUCGAGGAAACAAAGACUCGAAACUCACUUGAGUUGUGUUAAUGGCAAAGGUGAGAAAUAACACAAGCCAAUCACAGUUUUGAAUGCGACUACAAAUCGUCUUUUACCCUCAUAUUUAUAAAAAGAAGGAUACCACAUUCGGAAGUAUAAGAGAUACAUAGAUGAUCCCAGUGUACCAGUACCUAAAUCUACAAAGCUUGACCGUAGCAAGCGUUCAGCAACACGUUCCAACACCGCCAUCUCUUUUCUUAAACCUUCACAUUCAAGGUAUUGAGAAUUUCUUAGAAUUUAUGUGGACCUCAGGGUAUUAAAAUUGCCUCAAAUUCAAUUCCCAGAAAUUCCCAAGAGUUCCACACUUCUUAAAUUAUAGGUAGUUUGUAAAGCUGAGAAUUCCUAGGAAUUCCUAGGGAUUCCAAGUCCUCACAAAACUGGAGUCUUCCUUUCCCAGAAAUUCCCAGUAAUUCCAAGCUUUUUAAAUCAGAGUUAAUUUGCAUAGUUGGGAAUUUUUGAGAAUUCCUAGGAAUUCCUAGGAAUUCCUAGGAAUUCCUAGGAAUUCCCAGAAAUUCCCAGAAAACUGGGAAUUCAGUUUGCAAGGGUCAUUUGCAUAAUUGGGAAUUUUUGAGAAUUCCUAGGAAUUCCCAGAAAACUGGGAAUUCAGUUCGCAAGGGCAAGUUGAUCCAAUACUAACUUCUCUGAACUAACAUAAGAAUUGUAUGGUUGACAUUAAGGAAAAUUACAAAUUUGGUCUGGGAGCUAAAGGGUUAAGAGUAGAGAUGCUCUAAGUCCUAGUUUGAGAAGUCUGGGUUUAGACAUAUUGAGGUCAUAAUGUGUUGUGUUCUUGGGCAAAACACUUUACUUUCACAGUGCCUCGCUCUCCACCCAGGAGUAUAAAUGGGUACCAGCAAUUUUUAAUGGAAAAAGGGUAACCUGGAUUGGGUACUUGGCUGGAAUGUAGACUUUACCUCUUACAGUUUUUUACAGUUGAAAAUAGUGACAUAACAUAGAUGUUUUCAUUUGGGACAUAUAUACACAAGCUUGAUUACUCCAUCAUGAGGAAGAUGUAGUUCCAAAAUAUUUCAAGAGAUAAAUCUCAUCAUGGGGGUCCAUCCACUUCCUUGCCCUCUUGUGGCGUGGUGGGUCUUUGAUAAAAUGGAAUUACUUAAUUAUUUCCUUGGAUAAGUGUCUGACUAAAAGGAGGGGUGCUUAUUGGAAGGAGGGCACUUAAUCAUGGAGCGCUUAUUAAGAAUUAAACUAUUAACCUACACUGAUUCCACUGUGGUUGAAGCUUAAAAAAAGUUUCAAAUUAAGUGACAAUAUAAACAGUUUUUCCGUGUAUUCCCUCUAAUAGACAUAGUGAGAGGGGGAGAAAAGGGGGAGUAUCUAUUCAAGAGGGCAUGUAUUUGAUAUUAUGGCUUAGAGGAUAAGCAUUUUCCAGGAGAGGGCACUUUUAAGAGUAUUGGUGCUUAUUCAAGGAAAUUCAGGAAAUGUACAUUCAUCUCAGUAAGCUUUUAAUAAGUAUUUUUUAAUUUUUGUGUAGAAAGAGAUACCAAGACGGCCUGGUGAUCGCUGGAUGAUCCGUGGACCCAGUGAAUAUGUUCCACCAGUAGAGGUAGAAGUUGUUGCACAACGGAAAGCUAUUCCUCUGGAUGAAAAUGAAGGAAUCUAUGUGAGGGAUAUCAAGACUGGACGGGUGAGAGCUGUGUGUGGUCAAACCUACAUGUUGACCCAUGAUGAAGAACUCUGGGAGAAAGAUCUGCCUCCAACAGUUGAGCAACUUCUUACUGGGGGGAAGGAUCCACUGGCUGAUCGUGGCACAAGGAAUAUGUUUUUACCACCUGAAUUGAGUAAGGCCUUUUAAAGGGUGACUGGUGCCUCGCACAUUUUAUCUGUAUUUUUAUCAGUAUCCAUAUACUCUAUACUUUUCUCUAUACGUUUUCUUUGGUACUAUAAUUGUUUCAAAUCUAUGAUCAUAAUAAUUCCUAAUUACUAAACUAAUAUUAUAGUAUAUGUGCAAUCAGCAUGGCAGAUUUGACAAUUUUGAGUAAUUUAAGUCAAAUUCAUCAAAAGGGAAAUCAGCUUGGCAGAUUUGAUGAUUUUGAUUAAUUUUUUGGUUUUUUUUUGUUACUGCAUGCAUUUCUGGACAUAUUUCAGAAAAAGCUAGCCAAGGGUAAAUCUUGUUCUAAAAUCUCUAGGUUAUCAGUCUCUUUCCACCCACUGGGAUGAAAGUUCCAAGCUGGAACUAAAUCAAACUUCACCAAGAAGGCCUGGACAAAGAGGUGAACAAACAACAAUGCUUUCAACUCAGUCAUUACUAAAAGUCCUUGAUAGAACGUUGAUUUUAUGAUAGUUGGAAAAGUAUUCAUGUUUAAGUUAUGCACUCUUUUAAAAAUCUAACAUUCCUGCCAUUUUAGCAAUGCUUGAAAUCAACACUAACCAUUAACAUUAUUCAACAUUAACCCUUUGACCCUUAGAGUGACUAACAUCUAAUUUCUCCUUACAAUAUCACCCCUGAAUCACACAUUAGGGUCACGAGAAUAAAGAAAAUGAUAACCAGUCAAAGAGGCCCCUGAUUGUUAAACAAAUUCUCCUUGUCAGCACCUUUGUUAAUGUAUAGAGAACAGUAUGGAGAAUAGAGUUUAAAAAUUAAGUCAUAAUUUCCUUCAAUGUUUUUUGUCUUAAAAUUUAACAACUAUAUAACAAUUUUAAUCAUUUUUUGACUUGCAGCACAAAGAGAGCCAAAAAGCAGCACUGGUAGGAAUAAAACCAGAGUUGUGACUUUUAGAGUCCCUCAUAAUGCAGCAGUACAGAUUUAUGAUUAUAAAGAGAAGACUGCCAGGUAAUAUGUAAGGGUGAACAUCAUACAUUUAGUUUAUCUACUUUGUAGGAACUUCAUUAGACUAAUUAACUUGAGUUUCAUGUAAUUAUGUUGGAAAUCUGUGGCAGAAUUGUGUUUGAAUUCCUGUUAUUAGCAAACCAGAACUCACAGGUGCUCUUAAAUCUUUUUGCUUUCAGGAGUUAAUAUAAUGUAAUUUCUUCUCCCAGUAUCAAGAUAUUUUUAAGUACAUGCAGGAAGGUGAUGAAAAUAAAGAAAAAUAUAAUCUAGGAAACUAUCUACCUUGUUAACAAAACAAUUUCCAAACUUAGAAAUUUCCAGAGAUCUAAUUUAUGGCAGAUAAUAGAAGGUGGAGGACUUACCAAUAUUUAGAUCUUGAGGGUGUUGAAAGGGUUUAUUCUUUCAUUCCCAAGGUAACUCUCUUUAUUGUCUGCUAGAAAAUUCUUAUGAUGUGAGUUUGGAUGAUUUGGUAUUGGAUCAACUGAUAAUCCCCUAAUUGAUAUUUUCCUUUAUUCUCAUGUAUUGUCUGCAUGAUAUUGUAUCGAAAUUGUUAGGAGAAAUUCUGCUUUGGUCACUUAAAGGAAUUAAAGGGUCAGGCUAUAGGAUGCAGCUUAACCUUACUUUAAUUAUACAGGUGUAUGGUAAUGUAUGGCAGGAAACUCUCCCACCCCUCCCCAUGGAAAAUUCUUCUAACUCUGUGACACAUUACAGACCUGAGUAGCAUUUUAAGUCCUGAUAGUUUUGGUACCUCUCCACAGGGUUGUGUUUGGUCCUGAGUUGGUUAUGUUGUGCCCAGAUGAACAAUUUACUCAGCUCAGUCUGUCAGGUGGAAAACCAAAGAAACCCAAUGUUAUUAAGGCAUUGUGUCUUCUCCUUGGCCCAGACUUCUGUACUGAUAUCAUCACUGUGGAGACUGCUGACCAUGCAAGGCUGCAGCUACAGCUUUCUUACAACUGGUAAUUGGAAUUUUACUUCUCUUAUGAUAAAUUGUUGACGGUCAUUAGUUUAACUUUGUGAUAGGUCAUAGAUCUUUAUAGGUUAUUAUAGGCUUUUAAAAGUUAUAGCAGCACAAUUUCACUAAAAUUUCCAAUGUCAUUUAACCUUGUUUUGAUUUUUAUUCUGAGGGAGAGUCAGUUGGCCUAGUUGUAUAUAAUGCACUGGAUCCUGAAUCAAAAGGUCCAGACUUGAGCCCUGUCAUUAUACUUUUUGGUGAUUAUCCACAACUAUAAUAAAUCAACGGAAUACUGACUAUUUUAUUGACUGACAUAGAUCAGUCAGUCCUGAAAAAGAAAAUCAUGCAAUGGCCAUACAUUAACCUUACUUAACAGGCAUUUUGAUGCUGGAGAGAGGAAGCCAAAAGAUGCAGCCAAGUUGUUUUCAGUUCCUGACUUUGUUGGAGAUGCAUGCAAAGCAAUUGCUUCAAGAAUCCGUGGUGCAGUAGCGGGUGUCCAGUUUGAUGACUUUCACAAGGUGCAGAUAUUAAGCAAAUUAAGCUUAGUUGGUGCGAGCUAAACUGCAUUGAUUAUAUAUUUUUGGGGAGACAGUCACCAAAGUUUUUGAAAUUGUAAAAAAGAUCUGAUGUCUACUUUAAGCAAGAUCAAGACUUAAGACAUUUUAGGCCAAAAAAAAGAUUUAGAAGCUAAACCAGAUCCUCUCUGUUGAACACAGAAAGUAAUAAGUAGAUUCUGUUUAUAUUUCAGUUUCACUGGACAUUAUUUGUUGCUAUUAAGGGUGACAGACUGAGUUAAAUUUUUUCUUAAUUUUACUUUAAAAAAAUAUGAAAAAGGAUAUGUUACCCACUAUAUACAAUGUUGAAUUUUAAAGGAGUUGAUUGACAAACUUGCUUUUAAAUCAGCUGCCACCCCCCUCAAAAAAGCUGGCAAAAUUAAAGCUUAGGUUCUUGAGGGGAUAACUAAAAUAUUUGCUAAAAUAAAUCAAUUUCCCCUGCAGAACUCAGCAAAGAUAAUCCGCACUUCAGUGUUUGGCAUAGAUGACAACCACAAAAUCCGAAAUAAGUUUACUUUCCCAGCCAAUAAUCUAAACAUCACUAGUAUUGACAUCCAAUCAGUGGAGCCAGUUGAUCAACGCACACGAGAUGCUUUGCAGAAGUCUGUUCAGUUGGCCAUUGAGAUAACAACCAACUCUCAGGAAGCCACAGCAAGGUAUGGGUCAUUAGCUUGAAGCUUUGAAUGGAACUAAAGCCAUUAACCUCUAGCCUAAGGAAAAAAUUUAUCUUUCAAACGGCACUCUUAAUCCCCUUGGUAUCAACAAGCACUUUUCAUUCAACUGAUUUAUUCUUGUUUUCCUGUCACCCAUUUACACCAAUACCAUAACUUCAUUUUCUGCAUGUAAACAUACACAACCCUGUGGCUCUGACAAAAGGGCUAACACUGGCAAUGUCAGCCUUAAAACUCUUUACAGUGGCCCAUUUACAUUUUCUACUCAGUUGAUAAAACUUAAUUGUCCUGUUGUACUCUCCCACCAGUUCAGCACCACAGUUUCUUUAGAAAUUUACCCCCUUUAUUCAUUUGAGCAGAACUGUUGUGUUGUGCGGACUACAGAACUAUUUAAGGGACAUAUGCCUUGGUUUUAGCAUAUCAUUUUCAGUCCCUUUUAAAUGAAAUCUCUUUACAUUUACAUUUAUUGUUCCUUUCUUGUUACCUAUGUCAUAUUUUGCAAUGACUUUCUUUCACAUUGAGGAUAGAUUUCUACAACUUGCACAAAGAAAAUAAUCAAAAUACUAAGACGUAAGGUAAUCUUAGUAAUGGCAAAUUUAGCAUUUGGACUCCUAAGAGUGAUUAGCAUCUAAUUUCUCCUCACAAUGUCACCCUUGAAUCAAACAGUUAAGUCACGAGAAAUAAGGAAAUGAUCACUAACUAAAGAAGCACUUAUCAGUGCCUUAAGAAAUGUAUAGAGAACAGUAUGGAGAAGAAGCAUACUGGUGUUAGGGUGUAAAGAGUUACGAACAUGAACCUGUUGCGAGACAGCAAUGAUCUGAUGGAUUAUUGUGUUUGUUUUAGGCAUGAAGCAGAGAGACUUGAACAAGAAGCUAAAGGUCGCCUGGAGAGACAGAAGAUCACAGAUGAAGCUGAAGCAGAACGUGCCAGGAAGGACCUGUUAGAACUCCAAGCCCAAAGUGCUGCAGUGGAGUCAACAGGGCAAGCCAAAGCUGAAGCUCAGUCACGUGCAGAGGCAGCUCGCAUUGAAGGGGAGGCUGCAGUUCAGCAGGCAAAGUUGAAGGCAGAGGCAGCAAAGAUUGAGGCUGUAAGCAUUUUCCUAUCCUGGUAUUUUCUCAUGCCAUAGUAAUUGUUUUCCUAGGAGAAAAGAAAUCUUCCUUGGAAAAAGCCUGUGAGCAGGUUGUUGUUAUCAGAACUGUAAUGAUCUUGUUAAAUGCAUGUACAUUUGUUAUGUAUGUUUAUGUUUUGUCUUAUUACUUCUUUAAGGAAUCAGAACUACAGCGUCUGAGUAAAACUCGAGAGGCCGAGUUGAAGUACCAGCAUGAACAGAAUACUUUAGAUGUCACCAAGGCCAAAGAAAUGUCCAGCAUCGAAACUGAAAAAUUCAAAAACAUGGUUUCAUCCAUUGGUUCUGAUACAAUUCAGGCAAUAGCUACAGCUGGACCAGAGAUGCAGGUAUGUGCUGCAGUAACUUGUUGCUUUCCAGAUUUGUUUUCAACUAAGUAUCAAAAAUAAUCCAGGGCUGUGAUAAGCAGAUUAUCUCCCAGAAAAGGGUUGCAUUGGGUUGUCUUCUUUUUGAUGAGUGAUUGUUCUUGGAAAUUUACAUCAUCCUCUCAACUGAUUAGAUGGAAAAUGAAAACCUGAUUGACAUCAUGUCCUUAAACUUCUAGUUCUUUUUCUCUCCUCAUCAGCUUCAGGUGAUUUUAAUUAUUUUGCCCUGAUUGCCUGACACCAUUGCUUUUGUUUUGAUUUUACAAGACUCAGUGGAAAUGUGCUUUGUUUUUGCCAAAAUCUACAAGUGAUAAACCUUGAUUAUGGUUCUGUUUACUAUAUUUACUACACUUUGUUUAUUUCCUUAUGUUGUUGGGAGUGAGGAAAGAGGGGUUUUAAAAUUAUUUGAUGAAGGAACCUGAGUUUAAUGGAAGGGAAAUGGGUCAGUGGCUGAUUUCUGGUCAUUACAUUGUAGGUGAAACUUCUACAGUCAUUGGGACUGAAGUCUACUCUGAUAACAGAUGGUAGCUCACCUAUCAAUUUGUUCAGCACAGCACAAGGCUUGAUUGGUGCCCUUCAACAGCCUGGCUCCUCCGAGGACUUCUGAUGCAUCAUGAUUGACUGACAUGUAGCAACCUCAUUGUUUGCAUAAUUGAAUGCUUCAAAUGCAAUUAAUUUAAAAUUUUCAAUCUCAUACUUUAAUAUUAGUGUAGUGAUCAAGAAUUAUUAUCAUAGUUUUGGAAAAAUUAAUAUAACUGUAGUUUGCAUACCAUUAAUAGCCAAAAACAAUUGCACUGGCAAUUUUAAAAGUUAUUUUUCUUGCUAUAAUUAUGCCUAAUUCCAUCAUUGAAAAGAUUUACACUUGAUUUAAACUGGAGGAAUCACUUAAAACAAAAUUAAGGAAAAAAAAUGCAGGAGAUGGAAUUGAAUUACCAAUGACAAACUUGAAAAAAAUUCAGCUCUAAUUUGACAUGUUUCUUGCUUUGUGUGUAGUUCCUUUACAAAGUCAAAGUUGGGCUUUGUUUUACACCUUGGAACUAUGAAUUCAGUAGCUCUAACUCCAAAACACUAAACAUGCCACAAAUUAUUUUCAAGUAAAAAAAAAGAGGAAGAGGUUAUGUGCUUUAAUUGCACAAUAAGACAGUCUGGUAAGAUUCUCUCUUAUGGUAACCUUUCACACACCUUUUAACUGUUGUUUUCCUGUAGGCUCCUCAGUGCAAUGAAUUCUCAAUAUUCUGAUGCAUGUGGUAAUGCUUAGAUGAAGGGUGCUGUUAAUCUUUAAACAAGAAUCAUCUAACAAAAGCGAAUGUAAAGUGGCUAAGAACCUUUUGAAAAGAUUUCCAUUUCAUGCACUUUGUUUUCUCAGGAUGUGAUAACAUUCCUUAGUGAAUAAAUAUAUAAUGCAACUGAUUUCUUACAAUAAUGAAUAAAAUUGCCACUAGCUUUUGUACAAAAGAUAUGUUUGUUUAUUUCCAACUUUGAGUGUUGUGGAAAUUUAUGUUGGCUUCCUUCACACUGGCAAAGAUGUCAAUGUC